UCUGCAAAUACCCAGGGGUCCUGUAGCUGAUCCGUGCUUCCCAGAGGGUUUCUGCAGCAUAUAGCCCUGGUUGGACAGCACACACAUGCUCGGAUUUUUCCUGUUGCCUGGCUAGUGACCCCCCUACAGGAAGAUAACAAGCAAGCCAGGAGGGCGGAGCAGCUCGCGACACAUGUCUGCCUGCUCUUAUCAACUUAUCUUAUAAGGAAAGUGAUUGAUGCAGAUCCUGACACCCAGAACCUGAGGGAAGAGAAACAAGGAAGCAUUAACUCUGAUCUGUAAGGGGAAGACAGCCCUCAGGAGUGAGCAGGGUUAUUCUUUCUACUGCGAUCUGACAGUUCACUGCAGGACGGGAGGGAAGACCAGCGUGAACAAUCACGUUCCUGCUAGAAAAGGAGGGAAGAGACUCCCACUGAUGGACCUUACACCAUGGCAGCGGAGCCCUGCCUCUGAGAGGGCAGCCUAGGAGUGGGAUUCCUAUGUGCCUUCCAGUUUGCUGAACUGCUGCUUUACUCCCGAAAGAAAGAAAGAAUGUGGCAGCUUGUUUUCUUUACUUUGAGCUGUGAUCUUGUCCUAGCCGCAGCCUAUAACAACUUUCGGAGAGGCAUGGACAGCAUGGGGAAAAGGCAGUAUCAGGUUCAGCAGGGGUCCUGCAGCUACACUUUCCUCCUGCCGGAGACAGACAACUGUCGCUCGACUAGCUCCUACGCGUCCAGCGCUGUACAGAGGGACUCACCACUAGAUUAUGACGACUCCGUGCAGAGGCUACAAGUGCUGGAGAACAUCAUGGAAAACAACACUCAGUGGCUAAUGAAGCUUGAGAAUUAUAUCCAGGACAACAUGAAGAAAGAAAUGGUAGAGAUACAACAGAACGCAGUACAGAACCAGACGGCCGUGAUGAUAGAAAUAGGCACAAACUUACUGAAUCAAACGGCAGAGCAAACACGGAAGUUAACGGAUGUUGAAGCACAAGUAUUAAAUCAGACAACAAGACUUGAACUUCAGCUUCUGGAACAUUCCCUUUCCACCAGCAAAUUGGAAAAACAGAUUUUGGACCAGACCAGUGAAAUAAACAAAUUGCAAGAUAAGAACAGUUUCCUGGAAAAGAAAGUACUAGACAUGGAAGACAAGCAUAUUGUUCAACUACAGUCGAUAAAAGAAGAGAAAGAUCAGCUCCAAGUAUUAGUAUCCAAGCAAAAUUCCAUCAUUGAAGAACUAGAAAAACAAUUGGUGACCGCCACGGUGAAUAGCUCAGUUCUCCAAAAGCAGCAACAUGAUCUGAUGGAGACAGUUCAUAAUUUAUUGACUAUGAUAUCAUCAAACUCAGCGAAGAACUCCUUCAGUGCUAAGGAAGAAGCAGUCGUUUUCAGAGACUGUGCAGAAGCAUUCAAGUCAGGGAGGACAGCGAAUGGCAUCUACACGCUGGUGUUCCCAAACUCCACAGAGGAGAUAAAGGCAUACUGCGACAUGGAGACGGCUGGAGGUGGGUGGACCAUCAUUCAGCGGCGGGAAGAUGGCAGUGUUGACUUCCAGAGGACUUGGAACGAAUAUAAAGUGGGAUUUGGGAACCCUUCCGGUGAACACUGGCUGGGAAAUGAGUUUGUUUUCCAAGUGACCAAUCAACAGCCCUACGUGCUUAAAAUACACCUUAAAGACUGGGAAGGGAAUGAAGCGUAUUCACUGUAUGAACAUUUCUCCCUCUCAAGUGAAGAAUUCAAUUACAGGAUUCACCUUCAAGGACUUACAGGGACAGCCGGCAAAAUAAGCAGCAUCAGCCAACCAGGAAAUGAUUUUAGCACAAAGGAUGCAGACAACGACAAAUGUAUUUGCAAAUGUUCACAAAUGCUCACAGGAGGCUGGUGGUUUGAUGCGUGCGGUCCCUCCAACUUGAACGGAAUGUACUACCCGCAGAGGCAGAACACAAAUAAGUUCAGUGGCAUUAAGUGGUACUACUGGAAAGGCUCAGGCUACUCGCUCAAGGCCACGACCAUGAUGAUCCGACCCGCAGGUUUCUAAAUGCCCGCACGAGUCUGAGGAGGGACGGGCUGUGCGAUUUUCAAAGACUUAAUCCCGGAGCUCUCAAAGACUCAUCCGCAUGCUGUCUCCUCUACCAUCUCGAGACGGACAGCACACGCUCGGUGCACAGGGGUCCACGGGCUCCGGCCCCGAGUCCCUCGCACCUCCUCGCUUAGACCCGCAUCACUCGUGAACCCUGAGCACAACCCUGGUUACGGUGACCUGUUGGAACGCCUAUGGGAAGAUAGAGUGAGGCCUGCGAAUUUAGGACUGACAAUUCACAGACGCUGUUGUCACAACCAAGAAUGUUGUGUCGAGUUCAUCCGUAAAUAACUGGAAAACAGAACUCUCACGCUACGCAGUACAGAUAACCUUGGAACUGCGUCCUUCUAAGUACUGUUUAUAGAUUGUAUAAAUAUCCAUAUGUCCCGAGUUCAGCAUCACUACCAUAAUUAAAAGAAAGAAAAAAAUUCUCUAAGCCAUUAAAAUAUAUUAUAUAUUCAGGGACAUUCUGGGAAGUGCUUAUUUGCAGCUUAUUUGGACAAGGAAAAACAGCUAACGCAUUGUUUGCUCCUCUUAGGUGCUUUAAACUUUCAUUUUGAAAACAGCAUAUUUACAUAUGUGUGGACAGCACACUUUUAAGUUAAUGUUCAGAUAUAUAUUUCAAGUUUUAAAGAUGAAACCUCCCAGAUCUCUGAAAUUAAUAGAAAUGCGUGUCCUUUCAGUUUAUAUGAAGAUUGUACUAUUUUUUUUUCUUUCUGGCUGUUAAAUAUGAAGGUAUUUUUAGUAAUUAAAUAUAACUUAUUAGAUAACUACAUUGAACAUUUAUGAUAAUAUUUUCAACUUUGUAAUUUGAUUCUGAAACAACUGACUGUGCCUCACAACAAGGAAAAAUUUGAUUUUUUUAAUGAUGAAGAUUAUGCAUUUAAUUCCCUGACAAACAGAUUUUACUAUACUUUCCUCGGUACUCUAUUACAGAGGUCUUUUUUUUUUUCUCUUCCAGUCAGAUGUAUUUUAGAGAGGUAGGCUACAAUUUAGUGUGUGGUUGAGAAAACCUUUCUAUUUAAAGCACUUACGAGGCUAUACUUCUCAAGCUAGUUUCACCCCUCAAGAUAUUUGCACUAGUAACAUUUUAUUAGUAAAAAUAAUUUGCAUUAGUAACAUUUUUUUUUUUUAAUGUCGACCAGCAAACUUAAAAAAAAGUAACUGUUUUGGAGUGCAAAACAAAAAUCUGACAUUUAGAGUAGAUUCAGAUCUUUACAGAAAAUUUUGAGAGCACGGAUUUAAGGGCUGCAAAACUUUAAACCCCUCGAGUUUUAACUCCGUUUGAAGUUUUCAUAGUCCAAUUAACACUAAUGUACAUCGUGGAAUGCUUUAUAAUUUGGAAGCAACUUCUCACAUAUUUGCCUCGGAGUCAGCUGCUGCUAGGAAGCUUAGAGCCAAAUUCGAAACCAGCAUUUACCUCAUGUCUUUCUUCACCAUACACUGUUCUACCAUUCUGUUUUUUCCUUUAUUCCAUUUUUCUUAUGUAAUUUAUUUUACCCCAUAUGCCCCCACCCCAACUACAUUUUAAAACACAUGCUACAUGUUUUGAGUCAAUUUAUGGACUCCAGAAGAGUCCAGCAUGUCACUUUUUCCACUGUCUCGCUGUACUUUAUACACUUUACACUUUACACUAUUUCCCACACAUACACUGAGUGAAGAACCUCCCCAUCUUUGAACAGUUUGUCUUAUUACAUUUAAGUAGGCUUUUUAAGUUCAACAGAGAUAUCACAGCUUUGUAUCAAGUUAAAAAAAAUAUCUGUUAAUAAGAUGAUAGCUCCACUUCAAAAGAAACCCUAAGUUUCUGUGAUUAUCUCGAGGACCACAUGGCAGACACUGAGGUGGAGAAUGACAUUACAGGAAAAAUUGGCAACCACGUACUUAAUUUAUAUCACGUGCCCAUGCAGGCAGGUAAAAUGCAUUUCAAAGACAAGGCUCACUGUGUUGUUCAGAGUUACAUAUACUCUCUUACAACAAAGAGUAGGGGGGAUUUGUGUCUUUACACUUCAGUUCCUUACACGGUAUUUCAAACAGAGUCUUGCUGAGAGGAAUUUCUUCUCUCCUUAAGAAAAUAUUUAUAAAGUUGAGGAUAUCAAAACAAUGACCUUAAAAAUGAAAACAAAAGCAACCCAACAGCCUAGAAAACUACAAUGAUGAGAAGGCAGAGUCCAACCUCCUAUUAUACGAGAGUCCUAGGCAUACUCAAACAAUGAACAAUGCCAGCCCCAGUCACAUAUUAAAAUCACCGUUCAUCUUUCAGGUGUUAAUCUUCCAAAAGAUUAAACUCUGUCACAAACCAGUUAACUUUUUUGCAAAUGAAAGCCAACAUCUACACGAUCCUGCUUCCAAUUAAAAGUGAAAUUACCUACUUAAUUAUCACUUAAUCUUUUAAAAAAUUAGAAUCUCCAUUAAGCAUUUGCAAUACUUAUAAUUUAAAAUUCAGUGAAGUUGAAGUUGUGUUUAGGAAAAGCAUCAGAAACAAAAGGACUGUAUCAUGUUGCUAGCUGGUCACAACUUUUAUACCUAUCAGUUCUAUCUCUAUGAGCAGUAACAGCAUUACUUUUUAAAGCAGUAAACGAUAUAUCAUACCACCUUCUCAAGAACCUAGUCCUUUUUCAUUUUAUUUUUCUCAAUUCUGAGGACUUUUAUAAUUAAAAUUCUUUGAGAUUUCAUUCCUCACAAUUUUUUGCAGAAUAUUCUCACAUUCCCACAUUUGUUCUCACAAAUAAAUAGAUUAAAAAAGUGUUACGUUCUAUGAAAAUGUGUUUUUAAUUGUGAGCAUAAUUGAUCUCAAUUUAAUAAACAUCUGAGUCUGUA